CUGAGCUCAUAUAAUUUAUACAUCACUGUUCAAUGUUCAUGACUCAUGUGGGUAUUUGCGUUGUUUAUAUUGUAUAGAUCAUUUUAUUUAUCAAUUGCAUUUAACUGAUAAACAUUUUUCACACAGUUUAUUGAAAAUGAGUAAGAAUUUCCAGAAAGAUUUUCCUCCAAUGAAAAAUGAUUUAAUACUUCGUGCAGCCAGAGGUGAGACGACGGAACGUGUUCCAGUAUGGAUCAUGAGACAAGCAGGGAGAUAUUUGCCAGGUGGGAAUACUACAAGUAUUAAAUUAUUGCGCUAUAAUGCUGUUUGAUUUUUCCUACGUGGUGUAAAAGUAUAUACGAAGUAUUUUAGAAUUAAUAUUAUGUAAGUUGAUUAUGUAAUAUAAUUUGAUGCCUGAUUUGUUCAAUCAAUCAGAGACUUUGAUUUUAACAUGACAUGACCAUAGUAUUAAUAUUUAUAAUACUAUUAAACCCUGAAACAUUUUCUGAAUCCCAUGGAUAUAUCUCCUGCUUCCAAAUUAAAUCCUAUCUGCAGGGUUGAGGGGGCAAAUGGUUAAAUUUGGUUAAAAAAGAGAGUUAACAUUUGCAGUAAAAAUUUUACACAUGGAUCCUAGCCUGAUAAAUUUUAUUUCUAUUUUUAUAAUAUGAAUUUUAAUACACAUGCCCUUGAAAAAAUUUCUGCAUAUUUUUACAUGGCCCACCUUUAUGAUUACAAUUAACUUUUGAUGACCCACCCCUUCAACUAUGCUCAAAAAUAGUGACCCACCCCCCUAUUUUUCCCAGCCCCCCCCCCUUUUACUUUAUAACUGGUCCCUAAAAUAUGUAUACCAGUAGGUAAUAGUAUGGUUUUGAGUGCAAUUUGGAAAUAAACAUGCACAAGUGAGUUUUUCAAAGACUAUCAAAAUUACACAAGUCUGAAGGAGGAGUGCAAUUUGAAGUCGUUGAAAAACUCACAAGUUGUAUGUUUUUUUUUCAAAUUGCAUGAGAAACCAUACUAUUUAAUACGUAAUAUAUGAACAACGAGAGCGAGUGUUUCACCGGGAUAUCCAAACACGAGAAAACAAUGUAAGAAAACACGAGCGCGAAGCGCGAGUGUUUUCAUACAUUGUUUUCGAGUGUUUGGAUAUCCCGGUGAGACACGAGCUCGAGUUGUUUAUAUGACUUCUCAAAUGAAUUGAGACGUAACGGAAUGUUUUCGUUUGCUGAUUUGAAUAGAAUUCUUAACCAAGCAUAACGUAAUUAGGAAUUCUAUUCAAGUAAUUUUGCAUGUGUAAUUAAGAUAUAUGAUGAAAACACUAGUGACUUUCAUCAAGUUUCACCGGGUUAUCCAAAUGGCAUCUUGUGAUCAAACAGGUGAUUAUCAUUGGCUGAAUUGCUCAUGAAUUAUUAAUGAAUUUGAGAAUUAUUGAUAAUAUAUUACAUGAAAAAAUUAAGCAGUCACAUGCGUAAGUCACAUUAAGAAAAAAUUAUUAAAAAAUUUGAAAAGUAAAAAAUUAAGAAAUUAUAAUUUGCACUGUAUUUAUUUUUUUGUAUUGUAAUUUAUUUUUUGGCACUGUAUUUCGAAAAAAUUGCACUGCUUUUAGCCAGUCAGAAAUUUUGAGAAAUUUUUUCAUGUAUAUUAUUAGACUAGUAUAGAAACCAGUUAAAUAUUCUCCUAGAAUGUAGAAAUCUGCUAUUCCAGGGACGCUAGGUUUCAAACUUUUUCUGGGGAAGGAAACCGGCCCAAGACCCCUAAGCGUUUCAGAUACCAAAAUAUACCAUUGAAAAUUUAAACAUUCCAAACUAGCCAGCUGAGCAUUGGCCAUAUUUGGGGGCAGAGCUUACUGGGUGGGCUAACCUGCAAUCAAGUUCAUGUCAAAAAUUGCCAUUGCAGCUGAAAAACAAUAAAAUUUCUAAUGCAGCAGACCUCACAUCUAGUCCUGGCAAAGCUGGAUCAUGUAAACAGCCUAAUAAUAGAAAGAUAUUUUGUUUUUGGGGGCUGUAUAUGGCCUGUAGAGCCCCGUGCUGACAUCAUUGGCAGUCUCCACUGACUUUGACAGUUUGGAUGUUCAGUAACUAAAAACAGGUCCACACUUUAUUGUCUUUUAACUGCAUCUAAAUUAAUAAAUUUACAAUCAUGUUGAUAUCAACACCAAGAAACUGUCUAUCAGAAGCAUACUUCUAAGUUGUACAUCUCAGUUAUGUACAGUCUGUAUUGUACAAACCAUUAUUUUGGAACAAAAAGAUAAGUGUUUUCUGCAACUGACGACAAAAAAUUGUCCGAGCACUGAAGUGUCCAUAAUGAAGAUCAGGUUGAGUUUAUGGUGUCCCUUGUCUGUGUUAGCUACUGUAGGAUGGUCUGUGCCAUAGAGUUUUUUAAUUUAUGCACAAUUUUGUCCAAAUUAGACUGUAGGUUCAAAAGUAGUUUCAUGCAUUUUUGUAUAAUGAAGGAAAAUAGCAUAUCAUAUGUGCUUAACAUGUAUACUACUAUAAUUAAAGGCUCAAGUCCCUUGAAACUGAUUGUAGAUCUUAACUGUAUCUUAAAAGGUUUAUAAAACAAUAGAAUAUAGAUAAUUAUAUUUAAUUAAGAAGUGAAAUUUUUCAAACCAAUUUUGAGAUAUAAACUUUCACACAUACUUUAUACAUGUAUAUAUUACACAAGAAGAAAAUGAUACAAAUACUAUUUUUGGAAGUAGAGAUUAUAACAGAUUGCAGUGGUAUGAAGGAUAUAUAACUACCUGAAAAUUUUAGCAAAAUUUUGCAAUAUUUUCAAAAAUAUAAGCAAUAUUUUUAAAAUUCAGGUCACUGUAUAACCUUGUUUAUUCCAUGUACUCUGUAAUAUAUGAUGAUAACUCAAUCUUAAAGAGUAUUCUUUUAUCUAAAAGAAUCUGUACAAUCUUUGAUAUGGUAUCCCUUCGAGUGUGCAAACGUUUCAAAUACGCUGAGUAGAACUGCAGUAAAGUAACAUAUUGACAUUACUCCCACUAAUGUAACAGCGAGAAGAUGAAGUUUCCAAUGAUUAUACCAUACUUCAGCAAGCUGUGUCUUAUGCAAGUGAAUAUGAAGUAAUAGUGAUAAACAGUUUGCAAGAAAACUGAUCCCAAUUCCAAUAAAUACUCUUUUCAUAAAAUAUUCUUCCAGAAUCUCGCGUGGUUGGACAUGGUAGUUACCUGCUAAAUAUAAUACCAAAUAAGCUUGACUCAAUAUUAUAGCUAUACUCUGAUAAAGCAUAAUCUGAAUUUCCUUGUCAACUUUUAAAUGGCGGUGAUCACUUGAUUCCUCUAAUUCUCCAAGUUGUGGGCACGAUGUGCAUUUACGUUCAAGACAUUUCCAAAUUCCAGUGACGAUUUUUUGUCUUAUUUUGACUGUUGCUGUUUGGAAGACUUGUAAUGCGCCACGGAAUAACGAAAGGGCAAUAAAAAGCCACAGAUUGCUCACUCCAGCUUGCAUUAUACAGUAUAACAAUAUACUAACACCAUUGACAAAGUAUACCAAGACAAAAAUGCGACCGGCAUCAGUAAAUGGUAAACUUUCCAAUGCCAAAUUUUCUGAUAUUACCAUUGGUAGAAGAAUUAGUAUUGGUGUAAUCAUGGCAAUUAUUGCUCGCAAUAUGUCGUCCUUUGUAUUACGAAACGAUGGCACAAACCCAUAUCUAUAUGCCAUUGCGAUUAGAAACCCAAGAAAGAAUUGAGUUGAAACAAUGGCAAAGACUUUUCGUUUCUUCAAGCGCCUGGUAUCGGAGGAAAAUUCUUUACAUACAUUUUUAGCCACAAGGUAACUGGAGUAGAUCACUCCAAAGAGAAAAACUGCAUUAUCUGGGUAUCUAUACUUCGUUUGAGUGAAGUCUAUAUGCACUAGAAACAAAGUUGUUUUGUAUAUCACAACGGUCGAACCAAGAACAAAACCCAACAGCAAAGUGGAAGAGUAAUGUGAUUUGAAUUCUUUCCAACCAAAUAGCAAGAUUAACAUUGAUUGAAACCAGAAAUUUAGAGCCAUACCUUCAAUAUCAUGUCCAGUAAUUACGUAUUUUUUUACUUCUUGAGGCAAUGAUUUAUUUUCCAUCAGCUGCUGGUUACAAAUAUUGGAGGUAUUUACAUCGAUAUAUAACACCGAAAUCAUUACCAGACUAACAGGAAUGACAGCAACAGUUAUUGUUAAACUUAUCCACAAACUUGUCUUACAAGAACUGAACAAUGUUCUUGGUUGUUGAUUUGGAGCAGGGAUAGAAAUGGCGCCAUAGAGUGUAUUUGUGUUGCCUUGUUGGCCAUUGUUUUCGUUUGGUGCUAUAUUAAUCUCUUCUGCCACUGUUAAGUCUUUAAUUUUGGCAGUGGUUGGUAAAUAUUGGUGAUGGGCACCUUUGCCUGUUUUGAUUGCUUCCUUCGACCUUGAUACAUUUUCUGGGCAACUCGUUCUAAUGUUAACAGUCUCUAAGGCUGUGUUAUGUGACGAACUCGCUUCAGACUCAGGCACGUUUCUGUCAGUCUCGUUCAAAUCUUCGCUUUCAUACAGGCUAGUUUGAGGUCCAGACGCGUGUUGAACUAACUGUCGCGCAGCUUCUGAAGUGAAGAGAGACGCAAACACAAUAGCAAUCUUAUCUACGAAUUCUUGUAGCAUACCUCAACGUUGUUUUACACACACCAACACUUGUUCAUCACUUGCUGUAUACCCAAUAUGAACAUUUUUGUGGAAAGUAUACGAGAAGGUUGUUUGGAUAGUAUCAAGGACCAUAGAACAACAUCAGACAAAAUACUGUAAUUUAAUAUUGUAACAUUUGAUGAUGCUUACGUUGUCGUCAUGCAGUAGAGUUUACAAGCAAAAAUACUCUGUUGUAUAAUAUCCAUGUUUAACAGUACAAACAUUGUAGUGUUUGCAUGUGUUGUUUGUUAUUAAAGUAAAGUAUAUAAAAUGUAAACAAUCUUCUCCUAUUUUGUGUUUUCCUGGCACUGUUAUUAGAAGAAUAUAAGUCAUUUCUAAGAAUUACGUCAUUACUGACUUGCGGGAAUUAUGUCUCGUGACUGGUAUGAGAAGACAUAUUUUCAUUAUAUAAUUACCUUAAUUAAACUGUAUUGUCAACAUAAAUUUAAUUCCAGCAGAUUGUUAAUCCGCAUAUUCCAUAAACUUAGUAGAUCUUUCAACCCACGUCUAAUAAUCAAUUUCCCAGAAAAACGAAAAGUAAUGUACGCUCGUACCAAAUAUUAUGACACUUUAUAAUUAUUAACAUGGAUUUUAACUUGUGGUCAGUCUCGAGGUAUAUUCUCUGACAAAAGCGAAACCGUACGAGGAUUUCCGUGAUUUCCAUGGCCAGAAAUUACGGACAUUGAUUCUGAGCAUGUGCGAACUUUGACAAACAAAAUGGCGGAUUUGUUAUAUAUAAAUCAUUAGGAGUGGUGCGGUUUUUUUAAAUUUAAACUUGUUUGAUAAUAGCUAUGUCAUUUGCAGACUUCGCAAUAAUAUAAACUAUAUCUGGACCGUAAAACAGAAAAGUUUCGCAUCGGAAUCUUACCUAUAAGUUGUUCCAUUAUUCAAGUUCACUUCAUAGUACAUCGGCGUAUAAUAAAGUAUAGUAAAACUUGAGAAAAUCGUUCAAAACGUACACUUUGCUCUGGCCGCAUGUAUCCCUCGAACCCUUCAUGAAAUUUGCAGACUUCGCGUCGUAAAAUAUAUGUUAUCCCCUGCUUGUCUGCAUAAUUUCAUAGUGAUACGAUUUUUUUAACUUGUUCCAAUUUACGGAACAAAAUGUUGAUAUUUUACCCAUAAAUACCCUGUCAAUAGGCCGUAAAACAUUGCAAGAAGAACGAUGUUUCAUGAAUUGUCGUCCAUGUUUGAUAUCAACAAGAAGCUUAGGAACCAGGCUUUCUUCCAGUGUGGGCUACACGGAGGGAUAGCGAUGUAUACACAAAAUAUUUGAGUCGUUUACCAUGCGCAUCACUUUAUAUCCCAUCAUAAUAAAUGAAAGGUAUGUAAAAGGCGGUCAAUACCUAAUAUAUGUAUUUUUCUGCUUUAGUUAAACAAAAAACUAAGCCAAAUGUAUUUUUUUAGUUAAAACUUGCGUUUGUUAGGUAUGAAUAACUUUUCAUAGGGAAAACCGCUGAGAUAUAUUGCGGGCGCAUGUCCUGAAUUUCUGGCCAUGAAAACAUAACGACUAGGCAUUUUGCGAAAUUUUUGGGUCUAUUUGGAAACCUUUGGGAUUUGAAAAGGGACUUGAUAGUGGGUUAUUCCCGUAUGCGUAUCAUAUUUAUUAUUCUUGAAUAUAUCUAUAUGAGGAUGGUUUAACAUUGUUAUUGUGCAUGCAGGAUUGUUGGAUUGUCAUGUAGUGCACAUAUAAGGUCGUCUUAUAUUCAUUUCAAUGGGUCAUGCCAGAUGGUUGUAUUAUAUACGUACAAGGUCUGUCACAUGGUGACAUGUGGUGUAAGAUUGUCAUUUGUCAGGUUGUCGUAUGGUGCGAAAUCAUGUCAGAACGUACAAGGCUAUCUCAGACGGUGAAGAUGGUGUACGUUUUCUCAGCCGAUAAUGGUGUGGUGUGAGAUCGUGUCAGAUGGGUGCACUGUACAUAUACACAAUUUGUCGGACAUGUGGUGUAAGGUCUAGUCGGAUGUACAUAGAAGGGAAUUUUAAGCUUUUAAAGAAGUAAAGAACUAAUUAUAUUUAACCUAUUUAACUAAUUAACUUAUUUUGAUUCUGGUAUUAUAUUUAUUAAUAACAAAUAUUGAAAAACUCAAUAAUUCAUAAGGAAAAUACAAAAGAAAUGAAUGUUUAAUCAAUGUUUGUAAAUCGGAUAAAGAUUUGUCCUGAUUUACAUAAACUUUAGCUUUGAUUUUCUCGGACUAAACAAUGUUUAUUUUUAAAAUUACUUCGCCAAUGAACUCAUACGAUGCCGAUUGGUCGUUUUUUAAGCACGUUAAAACAUUCGCAUCCGAUCUUUACCUGAUAUACAAACUCUCGCCUUCGGCUCGAGUUUGUAUAUCAGAUAAAGAUCGGCUGCUCAUGUUUUAUCUAGUACUAAAACAUUUUCCGUGUUGAUAUACAGUUAUAUCAACACGAGUGGAAAUUGGGAAAACGAGAAAUUGUGUGGAAACACGACGCCCGGAGGUCGGAGUGUUUUCACACAAUUUCGAGAAAUUGGGAAAACUCGAAAUUGUGUGAAAAACACUCCGCCCUCCGGGCGUCGUGUUUCCACACGAUUUCUCGUUUUUCCAAUUUCCACUCGUGUUGAUAUAACCAUAUAUCAACUCGGAAAAUGUUUUAUAUUUGUUAAAUAUAAACAUUCUUGUAUAUUUGCUUCUAUAAAGACUCCUGCAUGUAUCUCUUUGACAUAUACAUAUUAUACACCUUGUUAUUUAAUAUUUCUAUCAUUCCUGACUUCACUCUAGCCGAAACGUGUAGAUAAAGAAUUUUGACUUACGCUCUUUGCAGUUACUAUUACAUGAAAGAUAUAAACUAGAAAUUUAUGGCUUGAACAUUUCAGUCUUCAACUAAUUUGUUUGUAUCUUUUAGAGUUUCUUAAGUUUAAGGAAGAGCAUGGUAAUGAUUUUUUCCACAUCGUCCAAACACCAAACCUCGCCUGUGAAAUCACACUUCAGGUAUUUACCCUCCACGACAAGAGUGGAGUUAUUGUUUUAUUUUCUGUGGCAGCUGUUCAUGUACAUAUUAUGGUGCAUGCCCACCACAACAAUACCCUGCCGCAAAAUGUGAGUCACAAAAUAAAAAUCGUUUAUUGUGCAACUUCUUUUGCCAGAUGAUUUGUCCUAAUACUCUUCGUUUACUUACACGUUUUGUACGGAGAGCAUGAGCUCUUUCAUAUUAGGAAUUUAGUUUCCUCUUGCUGUUUAUAUCCUCCCUGUAUAUGUCGUGUUUAUUUGUAUGUUACAUAAUUUGUUGAACAUGGAAAGAUUUAAUCAAUCAAUAAUUGAAUCAAUAUUCUCGUGCCUUCAACACAAUCUCUAUUAGUGUUAUAUCUCUGAUAGCCGAUGUCACAAAGCGUUCUCGAUUUUAUAUAUCAUAUACCUAGCUGGCCGCGAUCAUCCAGAUUUUUACGCACUUUUACUGUUCUUUAUUUCUAGCCUAUACGACGGUUUGAUUUGGAUGCUGCUAUAAUAUUUUCUGAUAUUUUAGUGAUUCCGCAGGUAUCUACUGUAUAAGCAAUAAGGAGAAUAUUUAAAUAUCUUAUUUAAUCAAUCGUGAUUCAUUUUAUACGUAUUGUAGAAUUCAGCUGCGUCUUUCAAAAAUGAAGUUUGGAUAAUUUUUAAUGUUUCUUUUGUUUCCAGGCUCUUGGCAUGACAUGUGAAAUGGUCAAGGGAAAAGUAAGUUAUAUAACAAACAUACUUGCAGGGAGGUGAGUCCGGGAUUGGACGCACCGAAGGUGGCUGGAAGUUUCCCGAACUCACUGAGCGAAGCGAGGUGGGUUCGGGAAACUUCCAGCCACCCGAGGUGCGUCCAAUCGCGGACUCACCGAACCUGCAAGUAUAUGUUUGGUUUUUAUCACAUGCCAUUUCGGUAAAAAAUACUAAAGAAUUUACGCAUUUUAGUAUAUAAUUUCUUGUUUGCAGAUAACGAACAUUUUAGCCGUCAAUAUACUACGCAAACAAACAAACUUAAGCUUAAAUUGAAGCUAAAACAAUUCUCUGCAAUACUCCCUUAUUCUUGAAAAGAGAGAAUGCACACAUUCUGCGAAGACAUUGCCAAGAUUUAUAUAAACCUGCCCGUGCCGAACAAAUUUCGGCGGCCAUCUUUCUUCUCUUCCACUUUGAAUGCAGAAUUAACAUUCCAUUUUCAUCAAACAAAAUAAAAAAAUAAUAAUUAUAAAACAAUUAAAAACAGUUAAUUUAUAUUUUAUUUAAAUCUUCGUCGGAAAUUUGUUGAAAUCGCUUCAUAAUGGUCGCCGCCGAAACAUCGAUCUCGAACCCACCUCCUGAACAUACGUCAGCAGGUGGGUUCGAGAUUGAACGCACCUCCUCGUAGCCAAUAGGAAAGCCGCUAAUACGCUAGGUAUGAGAUAAAUAUAUAGACACUUGCCAGGUGGGGCGGACUUGAAAGCUUUCCCGAAUUUAUGACAGAGUGUAAUGAAAUGACCUGAAUUUAAAAUAUUUUCUGUUACAUUUGCCCAUAUUUCCAUGAUUUUCUAAUUUAUGUUGAGUUGUCCUGCCCCCUGUCUCGCACGCCAAUGACGUGUUUGUCAGUGCAGUAGAGCCCGGCAUAGAGAUGACUGACUACUUACUACUUGAAUACUUUCUUCGCCUUGUCAAAUUGCCAAGAAUACAUUUUCGCUGUUGGGUACGAGCAAAGAAAACUACAUUCAAAGAAAAGGGCAUUAAAAAUUAGGCAUUCACCAAUCCAUUUUUUACACAUUCGAGUAUUUUAAUUAACACAAAAAAUAAUUUAUAGGGACCUCAUUUUCCAGAACCUUUGAGAGAACCUGAAGAUAUUAAGGUUGGUUGACAUACAAUAACGUAUUUUAUAUAUGCAACUCAAGCGACAAAAAAUUGUAAACAUGUAGAUUGAAGCUGACAAAUAAUUCUCUUCACUUUCUUAUUCCUAAUUUUGAAAAUAGGGAUUAUUAUUACGAUUAUCAUUAUCAUUAUUAUUCUCUUUAUUAUUAUUAUUAUUAUUAUUAUUAUUAUUAUUAUUAUUACUAUUAUUAUUGCUAUUAUUAUUAUUAUUAUCAUAUUAUAUUAUUUCUGUUUUCCAUAUUCAUGAGAAUGCCAGUAAUAUUAGGCGAAGUUGCUGCUGUGCAUGCUGCUGCAUCUGCUCUUCCUACUGAUGUUGUUUGUUGUUGUUUGUUGUUAUUGUUGUUGUUGUUUGUGAUUAAUAUGACUCGCGAAGGAAUCUGCAGUAUAUUCAAAUAAAUCUGAGUUACCAUCAACUUUAAAAGUUCUGCGGUUCUGUGGUGAAUUUGUAGAAAAAUUUGAAUUAUAUAGAACAGUAAAUGUAUUUUCUGUGCAUGCUCUAUAAUUUUACCCCUGUACCAAUCUGUACCACGCUCGACAAUUAGUGGUGACCAGGGCGCUUAUAUAUAUAAGGGCCCUGGUGGUGACACUAAGGUAUAAUUGCUAUAAUUGGUAUGAAUUUGUUAACAGUCCGUUUAUUUCAUUUCAUUCAGAAACUGAACGAAAAUGUAGUAGUUGAAGAAACAUUAGGUUAUCUCAUGGAUGCAAUAACUCUAACAAGACACAAACUGGAAGGAAAAGUGCCGUUAAUUGGAUUUUCUGGAGCACCAGUAAGUUGUAUAAUUGCUUUCGGCAUUUCGACUUCGAUUGGCCAUGAGCCUUUUCUACUAAAUAUAUACUAUUAUCGUAUUAAUAUUAAUACUACUCAAUAAAGUGUACACAAAGAUGAUUCUGCAAUUUCAUCACCAGCAUAGUUUCGUGUAAUUCUGAACAACAGUCCAAAAAUCUGUAGUCCAGCUGCAAAAUUCAGCAAUCGGAUGAGUAUACGUUUUUGCCAUCACAAUGAAUCAACCAAAACCAUUAAUGAGCUACAUGUAAUACAUACGUUAAUAAAACACGACUUGUAACAAACCUGUACACUGCAGCCGAUUUACGUCAAUAACAAACCUGUUUUCAAUUUCUAGAUCAGUGGUUUUAACACGUCAAUAUAGAGAUUCAGUUUUGAGUUCCAGUACCGCUGCCACUACCCCUAACUGGCUUUGUACCUGAUUGGUUAGUCGAAUAUAUUAAACGCAUCUGAUUGGUUGAUGGUCUCUUAAUGGUCCCUUAAUGGUCCCAAUAACGGUAGUGGAAGUCAUAUCUGAACCUCUAUAAUAUCAGGGCGUGUAGGCAUUGUGUUGAGAUGGACUUGUAAGUUGUAACAACUUGUUGGCAGAUUUUGCAACAAGGUUGCAAGGUUGUUAUAUGUAAAUAGCUUUUCAACAAACGCACUACGGAACACGUUACUUUGUAAGGUUUCGACUACAAACAAACUGUAUCGUAAAUAUUAGGUUAGAAUCAAAGAGAUGUAUUUUGUCAAUGUUUAAAUCAUGUUUCUUCAACUUUUUAAUAUGUGAUGUGCAGUGGACACUGAUGGCGUAUAUGAUCGAAGGUGGAGGAAGUAAGACAACGUCGAAUGCUAAGAAAUGGUUAUAUAAACACAGUGAAGCUACAUCAUUGUUAUUACAGAAACUGACAAAUGUUAUUGUUGAUUAUCUUGUCGCACAAGUGCGGGCUGGCGCACAGGUAUACUGUCUAGUAUAUAUAACUUAUUAAAGCAUUAGAAAAUAAGUAGUCGAAAGAACACGAGAGAUAAACUUGUAAGUGACUUCCCUUAUAUAAUUCCAUAUAACGACUUUGAACGAGUAACUAAAUUGUUACCUUUUUAUAAACGUCAUGAAUAUGCCUAAUAUGGCUGCAACCUAAAUUUCGCAAAAUACGACACGCCAGCCAUUGCGCGAAGCAUUAAUCAAGCGUUUUGCCUGUAUGCUCUUUGAUUGUUUUUUCAAACUUUCCCAAUGAAAAAAAUAUACUCAGUUAAAAAUAACAUGUCACACUUAUAUUAUUUAGAUGCUCCAAGUAUUUGAAUCAUGCGCAGAAUGUCUCAGUCCUUACUUAUUUACACUUUAUGCUUUUCCUCAUCUCGAGGAAAUCGCUGUCAGAGUGAAACAACGUCUUGGAAAAGAUGCAGUGCCAAUGGUAAGUCGCUGUGCAUGGACAAGACAAGACAAGACAAUUUAUUGCUCCGUAAUAAUCACACAAUUACAUUUUUGGUUUUACAUUAUUCCUUUUUUUUCUAUUAAUGUUACUUAUUUAUUUAAUUAAUAUAAAGGAGCUGACACCCCAAAAUAACCAUAAGGCUAAAAGACUGGGGGCCAAGUAGCACAAUUAAUCAAUAAUUGUAAGAUUGAUCUUACAAUAAUUACGAUUUUUUAAAGCAUAAAGAAAAAUGAGAAAUGUAAAGAAAAGACAAUCAUUUUUAGGAAUAAAGAAAAAAUUAAUACUGAUUAAUUUUCUCUUAAGUUGUAAAAAUGUCAUCUGUUUAUCAGCUUCACUCAGCACAUUCCAUGCUUUCACUCCCUGAUAUCUAAUAUUAAAUAAUCCAAAAUUUGUUCUUAUUUUCGGCAAAGAAAAACAAAGAUUUGAUGAAAGUCCAGUAUUAUAUGAAUGUAUUUGAUAGACAGGAGUAAAGAGAUCAUUUAAACUCGAGGGCAAAAGUUGUCGAUGAUAUUUGUACAUAAACAUGGUCAUACGUAAUGUAAUGAGAUGGGUAAACUUUAAGAUUUGGAGGCGCUUAAAAAAAGGACUUGAGUGUUCAUCAAAGCGAGAAAAGGUGAUAACACGCAUGGCUUUCUUUUGAAGUAUAAUAAGUGGUUUAAGUGUGGUUGAAUAUGUGUUACCCCAAAUUAUCAAUGCAUAGAUCAAAAAUGGGUAUAUUAUUGCAUAAUACAGAUUAACUAAAAUCUUAAUAUUUAGAAAAUGUCUAAGUUUAGAAAGAAUGCCAAUUCCUCUUUUGAUCUUUCUUGCAAUAUGAUCCACCUGAUAUUUCCAGGAUAGGUGGGAAUCAAUAAAAACUCCUAGAUAUUUUAUAUAAUCAACUUUUUUGAGAUAUCUGCCAUUAAUACUAAGACUUACAUCUAUUUCAAUUUUCUUUUGAUGAGGAUGAAAAAUAACAAAAUUUGAUUUUUCGAUGUUAAGGGACAACUUAUUAGCACACAGCCAGACAUUGAUAUUGACCAACUCUUGAUUAAUAUUCGAUUCCAGAUCUAAUAGAUCUUCGUUUUCAUAGAAUAAAUUGGAAUCAUCAGCAAAGUGAUGAAAAUCAAAUAAUUCUGAGCAUUUAUAAAAAUCAUUAAUAUAUAAUAGAAAUAAAAGAGGCCCCAAAACAGAUCCUUGAGGUAUACCACAAUUUAUGUCAUUAAGAUUAGAUGAUAUAUUAUUCAUGGAUACAAAAUGUUUCCUACCAGUAAGGUAAGAGGCAAACCAGUCAUUAGCAAUUCCCCUGAUACCAUACUUUUCUAACUUAUUUAUUAGAAUUCCAUGAUGCACAGUAUCAAAGGCUUUACUAUAAAAGUCCAGAAAUAUUCCACAAGAAUAGUUCCUAUUUUCAAUAGCCUUUUGAAUUUUAUCAAUGAUAGUCAGGAUAGCAUGCUCAGUCGAGUUCUGUGAGCGGAAUCCGAAUUGUUUGUCAUAGAGUAUAUUUUUCUUUUGGAGAUAAGCAAUAAGCCUAUUAUACAUAAGUUUCUCUAAUAAUUUGUUGAAGACAGAGAGAAGUGAAAUUGGUCUAUAGUUAUUCAAGUUAGUAUGGUCCCCCUUUUUGAAUACUGGUAAGACUCUAGCUAGUUUGAAGUUUUCAGGGACUAUAUAUAUACCAAUUGAAAAAGAGGUGUUAAACAAAAUUUCCAGGGGUUUAGCUAUGACAUUUUGAAGAAGCUUUAACACUUUUAUAGGUACAUUACAUGGUCCUCCUGCCUUGCUAGUUUUUAGAGCCAUAAUUUCUCUUUCAAUUUCGUAUGAAGUGGUAGGGUAUAUGUAAAAACUAUCGGAAGUUUGACUAUCAAUAUAUUCCAAUGGUGAUUUAGAGACAUUGGGAAUAUCACUGGCAAGUUUAUCACCAAUUUCUGCAAAAUAUUUGCUAAAAGCUUCUGUAAUUUUUUGUGUUUCAGUAAUUUCUUGCCCAUUAUUUAUAAUCUUUGUCGGAAUUGCACUAGAAGUUGGAGCUUUCAUGUAUAUUAUUUGUCUGAUUCCCUUCCAUACCAGUUUGGAGUCAUUCAAAUGAUUAUUGAAAUAGUUGUUAUAAUAAUUGUUUUUACUCAUUCUCACUAAAUGAUUUAUUUUAUUUCUAUGUUUCUUAAAUCUUGAAUAAAACUUUUGCGAUUUAGUUCUUACUGUCGUUCCAAUUGAAGUGUUGCUCAAAUAUUGAUUCAAUACAUUACCUCGGGCUGACCAAUUCAUUUCAUCAAGUUCCUCGAGAUAUUCAUACACUUCCUAGUAUAAUUGUAAACUUCUUGUUGAAUAGUUUGAAUGCACCAAUCACCUUUAUUGUUUGUGCAACUAACCAAUCAUAAAUAGAAAGGAAGUGACCAGAAAUGAUCAAAUACUUGGAAUUGGCUCUUUCACAGGAAGUGUAUGAAUAUCUCGAGGAACUUGAUGAAAUGAAUUGGUCAGCCCGAGGUAAUGUAUUGAAUCAAUAUUUGAGCAACACUUCAAUUGGAACGACAGUAAAUAUUUUUUGUAAUACAUAUUCUUUAUGUGGAUAGAUUUCCUAAUACCAGGAGUUAUACCCACGGUUUAGACUGAACGUUCUUUCCUUGAUAAUACCUUAAUAGGAAUAUUCUUAUCUAUAAAUAUAAUAGAAGAAAUUUCGCUAUAAAAGGAAUCAAACAUAUUCGAUGGGUCAGCACCAUGACUAUAAGAAAAAGGUUUUGCCAGUUAAUUGCCUCAACUUGAUUUAUCAAAUCAGUUUCAUUAUAUUUGGAAUAGUCUCUUUUAUAUAUCUUGAUAUGAGAAGUUAGACAUGAAAAUUUAUUGAUAAUAAGAAAAUUAGGUAAGUGGUCAGUAACAUCAUAUACUAUAUUGCCACUAAUUGUGAAGUGCUCUAGGAAAUUACAGAAGAUAUGAAGAAUGUGCGGCUGAAAGAAAUGGGUUCCUAGAUUGUUCAUGAAUUCGUCAGUGCCAGCAUGAGAUUCAAAUUUAAGAAGAUCCAAAUUAAAAUCGCCCAUUACUAUGCGCUGUUUAUUUUGUCUAUGAAUUUUAUCUAUAGGAGAGUUUAAAUAAUUUUGAAAACUGUCCAAGUCACCAUUAGGAUGUCUAAAGACUAAUCCACAUGUCAUAUUUUGUUUAUUAUUUCCUUCUAUUUCUAUCCAAAUUGCCUCAAAUUUGUCCUUCGAUGCAGUCAAGUCAUUCCUUAUUCUAAAUUUUAAAUUAUCUUUAAUGAAAAACCCAACUCCUCCACUGUUAGAAUAACUUGGUUGAGAGAUAAAUUUAUAGCCAGGUAAGUUGCAAUUUAUAAUUGGGUCUUGAUUAAAUUUUAAUUUGAUUUCAGUAAGUCCGAUCACCGAAAAUUCAGCAUCUAAUUCAUUAAGCAUAUUAUGAAAAUUAUCAAAAAUUUUAGCCAAACUUCUAAUGUUACAAUUAAGUAAAGAGAACGAAUUGCGUUCACUGAUACAAUGAAUUAUUUAUUGGUUGUCAUGGAAUUCAUGCGAGCUGUAAUAAUUAAAAUUAAUAUCAUUUGGCAUGUGAUGUUCAACGUCAGAUCUCGUGAGAUGUGGUACAUUUGUUGGUGAAGUGCUUAUGUCUAAUCUAGGGAACAAACAAUGCUCUUUACUCCUGCUAUCGACAUUUAUAGUCACACCACAUUUUGAACAAGACAUGCACUAACAAUUUAUAGCAGGGAAUAAAACAAUGAAUGAUACUAAUGAAUCAAACAAACAAACAAACAAACAAACAAACAAACAAAAAGACAAAGACUUAUUAAUAUGCAAUAACUGGAACAGAACCUUCAGAGACAAGCAAUCGAGUUUACUAGGCUAUCAAUAAAGCACCAGCCUAGGGUCUUUUAAAUAAUCACACAAAACGUAUAGAAACUAACGAAAACUAGAAUUUAUAUGAGUAAAUUCAGCUAAAGUACUCCAAUACGGUUAACUUCAUAGAAGAAGACAAAUUAACCCGUCUACAGUUUGCUUAAAUCUUUAGGAGAUUCAACAAUUAUUUUUCUUUGAUCGUUUCUCAACGCAAUAAUCCUACCGUCUAAAGUCCAUGGGGAUGAGACAUUUGAAUGAUUAUUUACUGUUGAAUAUAGUUCCAUUCUCUUCCUUGUCAGACUUUCUGUUACGCCCAAGCCAGACCCUUUAAGUCUCCGCUUUCGACGAAAGACUUCGCUUCUUACAUUGUACGAUACAAAUUUUAAAAUAAUUGGACGAGGCUUCGGUCUUGUUUGUGAUAUAUUUCAUGGCUUGAGUACUUGAGAAAAUAUGAGAAAACGUUGGUGGAUAACUAGAACAUGAUCUUUUCACUCUGGUAACUGGAACAUGAUCUAUUUAAGUCGUAAUACAAUAAGUGAUUCCAGCUAUAGCCUAAAUUUUGAUCAAGGCAAGAAGAACGAAAUCCGACAAAGAGCGUCUUAGGGGCUAGUCAGUUAUUAUUUUUUUUUUUGGGGGGGGGGAGUGGCACCGGAGAGAAAAGGGUUGGGUAAACAAAAUCUUGAGUAAGUAAAAGGUUGGGUAAAUGAAAAACAAAACCACUCAAGGGUUGGGUAAUAAAAAAAUAUUGUCAUUUCCAAAGCAUGACUCAGUGAAAUAUUGGAGACUAAAAAGCAUAUGUAAAUACAAUAUGUGAAUCAAUCAGAGUCACUAUCUUUCAUGGUGGCCGCACAUUUUGCCGAAAGACACUUUGCCGAAAGACAUUUUGCCGAAUGGACAUUUUGCCGAACGAACAUUUUACCGGACAGUUUGCCGAAAAUAGAGAUAUCUUCUGAACUUUAUAGGUUCGCUCACACGGUCAAAAUUUCUGUAAUUAAAGUCAUUGUCGAUUUUGAUGACAGAAACUUUGAUAGUAAAGUAUGGUUUCGUUUUAUAUUCUUUCAAGUUUUUGACAAGUUUACCGAAAUUUCGCGAUAUAAAGAAUAACAUCAUUCAACAUCAUUGAUGAAUGCGAUUUUCCCGAAAACUGCAUGUGAAUGUAUUCCAUGAUUCUCGAAGUGAAAUUCGCUUACGUCGUUGUCUUUGUAUACGCUUGUUUGUUGCGACCUGACGUCAAAACACGUUCCUAACAAAUGAGUCAUCCACUGCACAAACAAGCUACCAAUAGUCAAUAUGGUUAUGUCUGCUAAUGACCAUUAUGCACUGCUAAAGACCGUAUAAUGGUUAUUUAAUAUACACAAUGGUUGAGAAUUACAAAAUUGAAAAAUGAGGCACAGUCCCAAACCUUUUGACGAAAUAGCAUCUCUAUUUUCGGCAAGUUGUCCUUUCGGCAAACUGUCCGUUCGGCAAAAUAUCCGUUCGGCAAAACGUCCGUUCGGCAGAACGUCCUUUCGGCAAAACGUCCGUUCGGCAAAAUGUUUUUCGGGAAAAUGUCUUUCGGCAAAAUGUCCAGGUACCUCUUUCAUUUCCCGAUUUGUUGGGAGACAAAUGGUGUCUCCAAAGAAACUAUAUGUGUUUCAGACAAUAUGAAACUUUAGACGGCAGAACAUUUCACAAGCCGUUAUCAAACUCAUGUCACAGAACUAUAGAAGUGGUAAAGGACAUGGUGACAACCGGAUGGUAUCCUUUUGUAAAGUUUUUGGCCUUGAAUGGGUAUUUAUUUUUUAAUUGAUAUUUGAGGUGGUACUCAAAUUUUUGACUUUUUAAUGGUUGGGUCGGUGAAAUUUUUCCCACGAAAAACAUUUCUCUUCGGUACCAUGCCCCCAUAAAUAAUGACCGGUCCCUUAGAAUGAGUAAAACUGCAAAGAUUGGUUGCUAAAUGUUGUAAAAUGAAAAUAUAGCCCUGUGGGGUUUGUAUAUAUUAAUUUUGUAUUACGCGCGGUAAAAAUAACCACUUUCGACUCAAAAAUGGUUAUUUUUCCCGCGCGUAAUGCAAAUAUAUUACAAAAUUUGCGAACUUCACAUGGCUAUAUUUCCUCAUUUUACAACAAUUCGCAACCAAACUUACCCAUUUUAAGAUGCUCUUUCCAGCUAUGGUAAUGGAUUUCGUUCUUCUUAUCUUGAUCAAAAUUCCGUCUAUAGCUGGAAUCAUCCAUUAAGGUGCAGUUUGUUUAAAAUUACAACAAAAAAUAUUUCGAAGACGCCAUGUUUACAUAAUGUGGUCCCACCAAGGCGGGAUAUUAGGUGGGAUAAAAACAGUGAUGAACACAGUCAUCCCACUCAGGCGAGCUUCCGGGCCAGCAAACUAGGCUCAUACGAACCUUAAAUGUUCAUAUUUUGAUUUACAAUUCUCCUUAUCUCGGCAGGUGAUAUUUGCAAAGGGAGCGAGUUAUGCCAUACGAGAACUUUCACAAAGCAGUUAUGACGUCAUUGGAUUAGACUGGACCGUUCCUGUAGAGGAUGCGAGGUAUGAGAAACGAUUGUCCGUCUGGACGAACUGGGCAAAUAAAGAUGAAUCAUCUGAUAAUUCGUCUAUGGGUAAAUGCGGGCAAACAGACAGAUCAUUUAAUUUGAUGAAAUACCCUGAUAGUUUGUCUUGACGGAUGAUUCGUCAGUUUGUCCGCGUUUACAAACAGAUUAGUUAUCUUUUCGUUACCCAAGUUCGUCCAGACGGAUCAUCCGAUGUUGUGUUUAUACUAUAGACGAUGGAUGAUGCAUCUUGAUGGAUGAUCCGUCCCAUAUCCAUGCAUGCCACACGAAAGAGGCACUAUAAGUAUAUUGUGCUAUUAUUUUAUGUUAUUCGCACUUAUUCCUAUAGUUUUAACUAUUUUAUUUUUUUUUAACUAUAUUGCAUAUUUGUUUUCUGUCCUUUAGAUUACAAGCGCCCAACUGCGUUUUGCAAGGCAACCUUGACCCUUGUGGAUUGUACGCCAGCAAGGUACUGUGUUUUACCAGAACAGAGUCCUUUGCCAGUUGAUAGUUUCUGCAGAUAUGUAAUUUGAAUAGACCAAUUGCGAAACUUAGUGGCCGCGCCUUCAUACUGCACGAGAACGAGGCUUAUUAUGCAAAAACAAAACAAUUUCUAUAAUUUUACAUAGCGAAAAGUGAAUUUUAGGGUUUUUAAGUGUUUUUUCUUGAAUCUCUUUGAUCUUUUCUUAAUAUUUCGUGCUAGGUUAUAUAAAUAUUUGUUAAAUUUAUCUAAACACCGAUUUCCCACUAUAUUUUUACCCGCUUUGGAGAGAUAUUUCGUUGUUGUUUUUGCAUGCGAUGAAACAAACAUAUGGAAAAGAUCAAUCUAGACUUUAAAAUCUGAUCAAGAUGCAAAUAAAAUAGCCAGUAUAACUUAAUAAACUAAAAUAUACUCUUUCUACCCAGAUUUUUUUAGACUUCGUGCGAGAAAAAAAGAUUUUGUCAAAGGAUAAUAACAUAAAAUUUCUACAAAUUUUGCCCGACAUUUACUUUCAUAUUUUUAAAGUUAAAAUCGAAAACUUGCUAUUAUAUUACAACUGAAACAAAAUUAAUCAAUGUUACAACUUAUUCUUUGAAAAGUAUUAAUAAAACAGACGGAAAAUACCCGAUUCUUUCUCUGGUAUAAUCUGCUUCUUUUAUCGGACGGCGGAAAACAGCAAAACUUUGCCUCGCACGCCGCAAAAAAACAAUGAAAUUUGAAGUAAGACUAAAUCUACGAACAAGUUUAAUAAAGAUUUACAUAGUCAAAACAAAAAUAUUGAAAAAAAAUGAAGAGAUUACCAUAAAAACGCGUCUCAAACACUGAAAUUCAUUUUUCGCCAUAUAAAAAUAUAGCAGAAUGAUUUGUUUUUGCAUAAUAAGCCUCGUUUUCGUGCAGUUGAAGGCGCGGUCACUAAGUUUCGCAAUUGGUCUAUUAUUCCGAAAAAUAAGACUUAGCGCACCUUAUUACAGUUUAGUCCAUGAUGUUCAAUUCAUGUUAUAACCUGCCUGUUUGACAUAAAUAAUUACGACCUUCAAAUAUCGAUAAAUCGAUAUUUAUCAAUGAAUCGAUGUUUUUUACUUUUCAACUAAUGUGUGUGCCGUUUGACUUAUAGAUCGUAUUGAAGAUAACUUUACGAAUGAAAACUCGUACCAGUUGGUCCAAUUUAAAUCGAAUUAUGAAAAUUCUUCUACUUUUAAAGUGCCUAUGACACGAAAUUUCACCCCAAAUGUUUAUGAUUGCAUUGUAAAGAUCACUUAAAAUGACUUGCCAGGCCUAAAAAAGAGUAUUAAAUUCGGUAUGUUCUGUUCGUGUUCUUGGAUGGACACAAACCGCUGGGUAAUUCAUGUAAGUCUAACAUAAUGGCUUCAUGAGUAAUGACUAAUGUGCGUAUUUGUAUAGCCCCAGCGAGUUAACGCUCCGUAGAGCGUCUUGUUAUAUUGUAAAUGGUUUUGGUAAAAUCCAGAAUUACUCAGAUCUUCGUUUACAGACGCUAUAAAAUUUAACAUAAUGUCAUGAGAAGGAUAUUGAAGAUUACUGGAGUAUCAAAUUUAAACUGUUGACUCUCGAAAUAUAUAUAUAGCUAACUUGAUCUUUUAAAAUUAUCGUCAACUGAGGUUUCUAAUGAAUUAAAAUGCGCUAUAACUGGACUUUCACAAAUUUCAUUCUGUUUCUGCAGACUUCUUACCCGUAUACCAGUGCCACUGUCUGGCACGAGUUAAUCCUGCAGCACGCAGGAUCUUGUUUCUUUUAUAGAAUUUUGGUAACUUGCUUCCUUUGCAAGAUAUUCAACUUUGUUUCAUAUGCAAAUAUCACCGGUGUGACGUCACAUCGCAUAACGACAUUUUGAAAACGCAAUAUUUUACCUUGAUAAAAUAUUUUUACAAAUAAAUACAGAGGGUUAAUUACCAGUUAUGAAAUUAAUACAUAUACAAGGGCAAUUUUUAAGUUUUUUACAUUCGUAUUCGUCAAGAAAACUAUACUUUUCUGAAAACUCAUUAUGUAAUGUGAUGUCACACCGGUGAUAUUUGCAUAUGAAACAAAGUUGAAUAUCUUGAAAAGGAAGCAAGUUACCAAAAUUCUAUAAAAGAAAUUAUUAAGUCAUUUUAAGUGAUCUUUACAACACGACCAUAAACAUUUGGGGUGAAAUUUCGUGUCAUGGGCACUUUAAUGAUACCGACCAAAUUCGAUAUUUCAGUAUAUCCAUAUUUUAAAAAAAGGGAAUAUCGAGUGACCGAUAUUUAAAAAUAGCGGUAAUUAUUGAUAUUGUUUCGUUAGGCACUCAAGACGUAACAAUUGCAUGAUUAUUAAAACAUUACGUAAUUAUAUCAUGUAAUUGUUACGUCCUGAGUGCCUAACGAAACAGAUAUACCAUGCAAUAUACCGCAACAACGUACAUUAGCUGGAAAAAGAUUUAUUUAAAGUUCAAGGUUUUUCGUGAGGAACUUAACCUACUGAUUUCCAGACGAAGAGCCUUUGGUUACUUCAUUUCUUCCACUUAACUAUUUAUAGUUGAUGGUAAAAGUGACAAUAUUUGUCUUACUGUAUGUCGUUUUCUUAUUUUCCCCAUGAAGGACGAUCUGAUUAGAGCAACAAAAAGUAUGGUUCGUUCAUUUGGCACCAAGAAAUACAUUGCGAACCUUGGUCAUGGUAUAUAUCCAGAUAUGGACCCUGAACAAGUGAAAAUAUUUAUCGAUACAAUUCAUUCUUAUUCAGAAUCACUAAAUAAUCAACAAAAAGCUUAGAAGAGAUGAGAAUUAUUUUAGUAUGGAAUAAUUAUUUAUGCAAAUAAUAAAUUUACGUGGUGUUUCCAAAACCAAAACUGAUAAAAACCUAUUUUAGCUUAAAUAUUUUAUUACUCGGAGAAAACCUCUACAUAUAGUUACUGCAACCCUGUUGUCGAUUUGUGAGGAAUUAUUUUGACAAUAGGCGAAUUAUGUCGGGGUAAGUUGCGGUCCUUUCCUACAGUGAAGCUUUCUGUCAGCUGCAUUAAGAAAUCAAUAGAGAGAGAGAGUUUUAGAUUCUAGUACGAGUAGGACUAUGUGAUUUGUUUUUUGCACAUGCUCCCCAUCUUCUUAUACGCCAUUACGUACCCACGCCAUAAUCUCGUACAGUAGAUCUUGUUUUACUAACGAAUCUUUUCAGAAAUCCUGUUGUCAAUUUGGCUACAGCUGUGAGAUUUAUAAGACUUCAGUACAUGAUGCAAGAAUAUGGCGUGUCCUGUAGACAAACUCAUAAUCCAAGUGUUGUUUUGCGACAAAUGUAUUUCUAACUAAAAAACUUUUACAACAAC